CAUUUUAAACUUUACAUGGGAUAAUGCCACCUCGCCCUAUGGAUACCAGGAGUACAGUGACUUUUUCGCCGUUAAAACUGGGAAAAUGAAGGUUAAAAGAAAGACACCGUGUUGGGAGAGAGAGAGUUGAUGGACUUUGCCGAGGUGUUUUUGAAGUUCCGCGGAACUAAGGAAUUUUAAACCAUGGAAGUAGGGCUGCAUUGGACCUGGGUAAGCUUCAUAUGUAGUUUGCCGUUAAUGGGAUGUUUAGACCUACACGUAUCUGACACUUUACUACCAGGGGACGUGCUGACAAAUGUGUCACUCGGACCCGGCUGGACAUACAAAAUUGACAGGACUUUAACAGCAAAAUAUCUAAGGGAGUUUGUAACUGUGGACUGGCGAGACGGAGUGGUGAGAGUUUCUAGCAGGGCGGACUGUGCGCGCUUACCUAAGAACCCGGCGCCUCUCUAUGUCAAGAUAAGAUCUGUGACAUCUGAAAACUUUGUCCUGACACAUUGUAAUGUGUUUGUUCACGGACAGAAUUGUUUUAUCAAAUACAAAAGAAAGAGUUUCAUUGAUAAGCCCGAUAUUUCUGCCGAUCACCUUUUCCAGUUAGGGGAGACUUCCUGCUUGUCUUCAGGUAAUUUACUUUUCAAUGUGAACGACUUUUUACCUGAAUCCCUGAAGCAGACCACUUUAUCUCGUUAUUCUUGCACAAACGCAUAUGGUAUUGCAGUAGUGAAUAACGGGAGUUUAUUUCUGAACCAUGAACACUGUACCGAACCGUGGGAGCGUAGCGAAAUGUUUUUUUGGUGUACAGUGCACGGCUCGUUGGGAGACAGCGUUUCCAUGCGCGUCAGAUUACUAUUCGGGCCAAAAGCGCACUACGUGUCUUCAGAGUCGCUUCAAAACAAACCUAGUACACGACAUCUGAGAAUAAAAAGAGCACCAAAUUCUGCUCCCACAUUUCAGUUGCCCAAUUAUCAAGUAUCCGUCCCGGAGAAUGAGCCAGCGGGCACUCGUGUUAUCAAUGUGAAAGCUACUGAUACGGAUAGUGGAGAAGCGGGUAGGAUUAAGUACGCCAUGGAGGCUCUGUUUGAUAAGCGAUCCGAUGAUUUCUUUGUAAUUGACCCGCAGACAGGCAGCAUUGUUACGGCGCAGCCCCUGGACAGGGAAGUCAAAGACACUCACGUCUUCAAAGUAACUGCCACUGAUCACGGCAGCCCUCCCCGCUCGGCCACUUCUUACCUCACCGUCACUGUGAGAGAUACCAAUGACCACACGCCUGUGUUUGAGCUCUCUGAGUAUAGGGUGACCAUUCGUGAGAAUGUCGAAGUGGGCUUCGAAGUUAUCACCAUUCGGGCCAAUGACGGGGACACUCCCUCAAACGCAAACAUGAUUUACAGAAUAGUCAACGGAGACGGCGUGAACUCCGGUUUUGAGAUUGACCCGCGAAAUGGGCUCGUGAAAAUCAGGAUUCCCCCAGACAGGGAGACAAUGACGCAGUACAAACUGAUAGUCGAAGCCAACGAUCAGGGUAGAGAUCCCGGUCCGCGUAACGCGACCGCUACUUUGUACAUAACCGUGGAGGAUGAGAAUGACAAUUACCCCCAGUUUAGCGAGAAGAGGUAUGUAGUGCAGGUCCCGGAGAAUGUGGCGGUCAACACGCAGGUAGCUCAGGUGUCGGCCACAGACAAAGACGAGGGGAACAACGCCAAUGUGCUCUACAGCAUCAUCAGCGGCAACGUGAAGGGCCAGUUCUACAUCCACUCCUCCUCGGGCGUGAUCGAUGUCAUCAACCCCCUGGAUUACGAGAUGAUCCGAGAGUACAACCUGCGCAUUAAAGCCCAGGACAGAGGCAGACCUCCGCUGAUCAACGGGACGGGGAUGGUGGUCAUCCGGGUGGUGGACGUCAACGACAACGCGCCCAUGUUCGUCAGCACGCCCUUCCAGGCCACGGUGCUGGAGAACGUGGCCAUCGGCCACUCAGUGAUCCACAUCCAGGCCAUCGACGCCGACGCUGGGGAGAAUGCUCGGCUGGACUAUCGGCUGAGCGACACCUCGCCGGGCUUCCCAUUCACUAUCAACAACAGCACGGGCUGGGUGACGGUCAGCACCGAGCUGGACCGCGAGACCACCGAGUUCUACACGUUCGGCGUGGAGGCACGCGACAACGGCGUCCCCUCCCCCCUCUCCUCGUCGGCCAGCAUCAGCAUCACGGUGCUGGACGUCAACGACAACGCGCCCGAGUUCACGCAGCGCUCGUACUCGCUGAAGAUCAACGAGGACGCGGUGGUGGGCACCAGCGUGCUGACGGUGACCGCCGUGGACCGCGACGUCAACAGCGUGGUCACCUACCAGAUCGCCAGCGGCAACACGCGCAACCGCUUCGCCAUCACCAGCCAGAGCGGCGGCGGCCUGCUGACCUUGGCCCUGCCGCUGGACUACAAGCAGGAACGGCAGUACGCGCUAACGCUGACCGCCUCGGACGGCACGCGCUUCGACACAGCGCACGUCCUCGUCAACGUCACCGACGCCAACACGCACCGGCCCGUCUUCCAGAGCGCCAACUACCAGGUGCCGGUCUGCGAGGACCGGCCGGUGGGCUCCACCGUGGUGGUCAUCAGCGCCUCGGACGAGGACACGGGCGAGAACGCGCGCAUCACCUACGUGAUGGAGGACAACGUGCCGCAGUUCGCCAUCGACCCGGACACCGGCGCCAUCACCACGCGCACCGAGCUGGACUACGAGGACCUGGCCUCGUACACGCUGGCCAUCGUCGCCCGCGACAACGGCAUCCCGCAGAAGUCGGACACCGCCUACGUGGAGAUCAUGGUGCAGGACGCCAACGACAACGAGCCGCGCUUCGGCCAGUCCAAGUACCAGGGCAGCGUGUUCGAGGACGCGCCCACCUUCACCAGCGUGCUCCAGAUCUCCGCCACUGACCGCGACUCCGGCUCCAACGGGCGCCUCAUCUAUAGCUUCCUGGGCGGCGACGACGGAGACGGAGACUUCCAGAUCGAGACGUAUUCCGGAAUCAUCCGCACGGCACGGAAGCUUGACCGCGAGAACGUGGCCGUGUACCACCUGAAGGCCUUUGCCGUGGACAAGGGCGUUCCGCCGCUGAAGGCUUCCGUGGACGUGCAGGUGUCCGUGCUGGACAUCAACGACAACGCGCCAAAGUUCGAGAAGGACCGACUGGACAUCUACGUGAAGGAGGACAGUGCGGUGGACUCGGUGGUGGAGCGCAUCGUGGCCGAAGACCCCGACGAGGGCACCAACGCUCAGAUCAUCUACCAGAUCGUGGAGGGGAACGUUCCGGAGAUGUUCGACCUGGACAUCUUCACGGGCGACCUCAAGUUGCUGGCGGAGCUGGACUACGAGACGCGGACGGACUACAUCAUCGUCGUCCAGGCGACGUCCGCCCCGCUGGUCAGCCGCGCCACUGUGCACGUGCACGUGCAGGACGUGAAUGACAACAAGCCCGUGCUCAAGGACUUCGAGAUCCUCUUCAACAACUACGUCACCAACAAGUCCAACAGCUUCCCGGGCGGCGUGAUCGGCAGGGUCCCCGCACACGACCCCGAUGUCUCGGACAAGCUCCACUUCUCGUUCGUGGAGGGCAACGAGCUGAGCCUGCUGGUCCUCAACCAGCACACGGGCGAGCUCAAGCUAAGCAAGGACCUGGACAACAACCGUCCCCUGGAGGCCACCAUGAAGAUGGCCGUGUCCGAUGGUCUUCACCGCGUGACGGCCUUCUGCACGCUGCGUGUGACCAUCAUCACGGACGACAUGCUGACCAACAGCAUCACGGUGCGCCUGGAGAACAUGUCGCAGGAGCACUUCCUGUCCCCAAUGCUGUCCCUCUUCAUGGACGGAGUGGCCGCCGUCCUGUCCACCAGCCGCGACGCUGUCUUCGUCUUCAACGUCCAGAACGACACGGACGUGCACGGCGCCAUCCUCAACGUCACCUUCUCCGCCCUGUUGCCGUCGGCGACCGGGCCCGUCACGCUCGGGGGAGUGUCGGGGGUCGGGGGAGGGGCCGCAGGAGCGGGCGGCAACGGGCGCUUCUUCCCCUCAGAAGACCUGCAGGAGCGCAUCUACCUGAACCGCACCAUGCUGCAGCGCAUCUCCAGCCAACAGGUGCUGCCCUUCGACGACAACAUCUGCCUGCGUGAGCCGUGUGAGAACUACAUGAAGUGCAUCUCGGUGCUGCGCUUCGACAGCUCGCCGCCCUUCAUUGCGUCCGACACCAUGCUGUUCCGACCCAUCCACCCCAUUAACGGCCUGCGCUGCCGCUGCCCGGCGGGCUUCACCGGAGACUACUGCGAGACCGAGGUGGACCUGUGCUACUCUGGGCCGUGCCGCAACAACGGACGCUGCCGCAGCAGGGAGGGAGGGUACAGCUGCGAGUGCCAGGAGGACUUUACAGGUGAGCACUGCGAGGUGAACGCCCGGUCCGGCCGCUGUGUGCCAGGUGUGUGUAAGAACGGGGGCACGUGCGUGGACCUGCUGGUGGGGGGGUUCAUGUGCCAGUGCCCGGUUGGCGAGUUCGAGAAGCCCUUCUGUGAGAUGACCACGCGGAGCUUCCCCGGACAGUCCUUCAUCACCUUCAGAGGACUCCGCCAGAGGUUCCACUUCACCGUCUCCUUCAUGUUUGCCACCCGCGACAGAAACGCCCUGCUGCUCUACAACGGCCGCUUCAAUGAGAAGCACGACUUCAUCGCCGUGGAGAUCAUCGAGGAGCAGGUCCAGCUUACCUUCUCUGCAGGAGAAGCCAAGACCAUAGUGGCCCCCUUCGUUGCGGGCGGGGUCAGUGACGGCCAAUGGCACUCAGUGCAGCUGCACUACUACAAUAAGCCCAACAUUGGUCGUCUGGGCAUCCCACACGGACCCUCGGGGGAGAAGGUGGCCGUGGUUGCCGUGGACGACUGUGACAUCGCCAUGGCAGUGCGCUUCGGAAGCCAGAUCGGAAACUACAACUGUGCCGCCCAGGGCAUGCAGACGGGACAGAAGAAGUCAUUGGAUCUCACUGGUCCGCUGCUUCUGGGCGGUGUGCCAAACCUUCCGGAAGAUUUCCCCAUCCUGAACCGGGACUUCAGAGGAUGCAUGAGGAACCUGACCAUUGACAGCAGGCCACUGGACAUGGCUAGCUAUAUCGCCAACAAUGGCACUGAAGCAGGCUGCCGGGCGAAGAGCAACUUCUGCACCAGGAGUGUGUGUGUGAACGGAGGCCAGUGUGAGAAUAAGUGGGGCACCUACUCCUGCGACUGCCCCACCGGAUACGGAGGCAAGAACUGCGACCAAGUGAUGUUGGCUCCUCAGUACUUUGAUGGCCAGGCUAUGGUGAUGUGGACCGAGCCGGACGUAACAGUGGCGGUUCCGUGGUUCAUGGGCCUCAUGUUCCGGACACGCCACAGCACCGGAACCCUCAUGCAGGCCAACGCUGGGCAGGCCUCGAAAAUCAACCUGCUGCUGAACAAUAAGCAUGUGCGUUUCGAGGUGUUCCUGGGUCGGGCGCUGGUGGCGCAGCUGGACUUCCCAGAGGCCCGCAUGACGGACGGUCAGUGGCACCACGUGCUGGUGGAACUCAGGAGCGUCAAAGACGGGAAAGACAUCAAGUACAUGGCCAACGUCUCCCUGGACUACGACAUGCACAACAAAGAGGUGGACAUCGGGAAUGAGCUGCCCGGUCUGCGGCUGAAGAGUCUGUACGUCGGGGGACUGCCAGACAAACACAACGACGUCCUUAAAGGCUUUCAAGGGUGCAUGCAGGGGGUGCGUAUGGGGGAGACGUCCAACACGGCGAAGGUCAGCAUGCAGCAGGGUCAGAAGAUCCGUGUGGAGGACGGCUGUGUCCACCCAGAGCCCUGCGACACCGCGCACUGCCCCGACAACAGCCACUGCAGCGACGAGUGGAGCGAAGACUGGAACACACACACCUGCGUCUGCGACCCUGGCUAUUUUGGCCGUGAGUGUGUGGACGCGUGUGAGCUGAACCCGUGUGAGCACGUGUCCACCUGCCUACGCAAGCCCAGCUCCUCCCACGGAUACACCUGCGAGUGCGCCAACAACUACUACGGACAGUACUGCGAGAGCAAGGUUGAGAAGCCGUGUCCUCGUGGCUGGUGGGGGAGUCCCAUGUGCGGCCCGUGCAACUGUGACAUCAGCAAAGGCUUCCACUCCGACUGCAACAAGACCUCGGGAGAGUGCCGCUGCAAGGAUAACUACUACCAGCCCCAGGAGAGUGACACCUGCUUCCCGUGCGACUGCUUCGCCCUUGGCUCAGAGUCACGCACCUGCGACCCCCACACCGGGCAGUGCCCCUGCAAGGCUGGGGUCAUAGGUCGCCAGUGCAACCGCUGCGACAACCCCUUUGCCGAGGUCACCGUCAGUGGCUGUGAAGUUGUGUAUGAGGGGUGUCCCAAGGCCUUCGACGCGGGAAUCUGGUGGCCCAAGACCAAGUUUGGACGUCCAGCAGCCACCCACUGUCCUAAAGGCUCCGUUGGCACGGCUAUCAGACACUGCGGAGAGGAGAGAGGAUGGCUACCUCCUGACCUCUUCAACUGCACCUCCAUUGCUUUUGUGCCGCUCAAGAAAUUGAACGAGGAGUUUCAUCGGAACGAGUCUCGCAUGGACGGAGAACGUUCUAAGGAGAUCGCACGGCAGCUGCAGAACGCCACCAAUCACACGAGUGUGUUCUACGGGAACGACGUGCGCGUGGCCUUCCAGCUGCUCCGCCGCGUCCUGCAGCACGAGAGUCAACGCAGCGGCUUCCAGCUGACCGCCACGCAGGACGCCGACUUCAACCAGAACGUUGUGGAGGUGGGCAGUGCCAUCCUGGACGUGGGCACCAAGCCGCACUGGGAGCACAUCCAGCGGUCAGAGGGGGGCACGGCACACCUGCUGCGCAGCUUCGAGGACUACACACACACACUCGUCCAGAACAUGAGGAAGACCUACCUCAAGCCCUUCACCAUCGUCACCGACAACAUGAUCAUCGCUGUGGACUAUCUGGACCCCACGGAACCGGACGCAGCUAAGAUUCCCCGCUUCCAGGAGAUCCAGGACGUGUGUCCCAAGGACCUCAAGUCCUCGGUUCUCUUUCCAGAGUUCUCCUUCAGACCCCUGCAGAACAACCCGCCCCCUACCGAGGAGCCCACGGAGACGCAGACUGAGGAGGACCACACUGACCAGACGCUUGUGGAGAGGAGGAGGAGGAGGAGUGCGGAGAGCUUCGCCCCGAUGCCGGUGGCAGCGGUCAUCGUGUACCGCUCGCUCGGUCAGCUCCUCCCUGAACGCUACGACCCGGACCGCCGUAGCCUCAGGCUGCCCAAGCGUCCGGUCAUCAACACCCCGAUCGUGAGCACCACGGUGCACAGUGAGGGGGAGCGACUGGCCUUGCCCCUGGACAAACCCAUCCUGCUGGACUACAACCUGCUGGAGACCGAGGAGAGGACCAAGCCUGUGUGUGUGUUCUGGAACCACUCCAUCGCGAUCGGGGGGACUGGCGGUUGGUCCUCUAAGGGCUGUGAGUUGGUGGAGAGGAAUCGCACACACAUCAGCUGCCACUGCAAUCACAUGACCAGCUUUGCUGUACUCAUGGACAUCUCCAAACGAGAGCAUGGGGACGUGUUGCCGCUGAGGAUCGUGACGUACGCGUGUGUGACGGCGUCUCUGGCGUCCCUCCUCAUCACCUUCGUCCUGCUGACCCUCCUGCGGCGUUUGCGCUCCAACCUGCACAGCAUCCACAAGAACCUGCUCGCCGCACUCUUCCUCUCCGAACUCGUCUUCCUCAUCGGCAUCAACCAGACCGACAACCCGUUUGUGUGUACGGUGAUAGCCAUCCUGCUGCACUAUUUCUACAUGUGCACGUUUGGCUGGAUGUUUGUGGAGGGUCUGCACAUCUACCGCAUGCUCACCGAGGUGCGCAACAUCAACCACGGACACAUGAGGUUCUACUACGCCAUCGGCUGGGGCAUACCGGCCAUCAUCACAGGUCUGGCGGUGGGUCUGGAUCCUCAGGGCUAUGGAAACCCAGACUUCUGCUGGUUGUCCGUCCAUGAUACACUCAUCUGGAGCUUCGCUGGACCCAUCUCUGUGGUCGUACUGGUCAACAUAGUGAUCUUCCUGCUGGCUGCCAAAGCCUCAUGUGGACGCAGGCAACGCUCCUUUGAGAAGUCUGGAGCCAUUGCAGCGCUGCGUAUGGCCUUCCUGCUGCUGUUGCUCAUUAGCGCCACCUGGCUGCUGGGUCUGAUGGCCGUCAACAGUGACAUCAUGACCUUCCACUACUUGUUCGCAAUCUUCAGUUGUCUACAGGGCAUUUCUAUCUUCUUCUUCCACUGCAUCUUCAAUAAGGAGGUGAGGAAGAACCUGAAGAGCGUCUUCACUGGGAAGAAACCACCACUUGAGGAGUCCAGUACCACACGCGCCUCACUGCUCACUCGCUCUCUGAACUGCAACACGUACACGGAGGACGGAACCAUCUACCGCUCGGCCAUCGGGGAGUCCACUGUCUCCAUGGAGACCACGGGCAGGUCAGCUAAGAGCAGCUACCUAGCAUACACCCUCAGAGAUGACUCUGGUCAGAAGCCUAGCGUGUCGUCCAGUGGAGCGCGAGCGGCCAUCACGGACAUGGACGGGCCCUUAUUCCACAGAAACGGCACCAAGGCAGACGACUCUGACUCAGACAGUGAGCUCUCAGUAGAUGAGCACAGCAGCUCCUAUGCGUCCUCACACUCCUCAGACAGUGACGACGACGAUGAUGUCAUCAAGCCCAAGUGGAACAACGAGAGACAACCGCUGCACAGCACUCCAAAAGUGGAGACGGUAGCCAAUCACGUGAAACCUUACUGGCCUGCAGACGGCACCACGGCCAGCGACAGUGAGGAUCUGUGCGGGGCGGGCGAGAGGCUGAGGGUGGAGACCAAGGUCAACGUGGAGCUGCACCCUGAGAACAAGCUGAACCACACACAUGCGUCCGAGACACCAUCACCACCACCACCACCGGACAAAGAGAACGCAGCCAGGGAGAUCAGCAGCCCUACGCCAACGUCCACCUCCAACACCCCCACCCCCACCCCCACCCCCACCCAGUCCAACAGCAACAACCAGCCAGAGCAACGCAAAGGGAUCCUGAAGAACAAGAUCUCGUACCCCCCGCCGCUCUCGGAUAAGAACAUGAAGAACCGUCUGAGGGAGAAGCUGUCUGACUACAACCCGCCCACCAUCUCCUCUCGUUCGCCGUCCGUGGUCUCCGUCACCGGGGGCAACAACGCGCUCGGCAAGCCUGCCCAGCGGCCCGUCCCACCACCCCGAGAGACGCCGCAGCAGAACGGAGUGUCCAUCAACCUCCGCACCACGGUCAACGGGGGCAACCACUCCGACUCUGAUGGCAGUAAUGAAACAUCCAUCUGACCCAGCAGGAUGGUGAAGGAUCCAGCGCCCCUCUGAAGGGUUAUCUGCCCCCCUGCCCCAGCGAGGGCAAGAGGGUUACAGGGGGAAAGAUGGAGUUCUGGAGGUAAAGAAAAACAUCUGGGAUUACCUAGGAUGACCUCCGACCUUUCAACCUUGACCCUCUAACCUCUGAGCAUCUCUCCUUCUGGAGAUCAGUAUUACUGCCAUCGGCCGUCUGCUGGAUAAAGGGAAUGUUCUAGACUUAGUCCAGACAGGAUGGGGAGCCCUGUGCCAAAAACUGAUGGGAGAGGAUGGAAAACUACAUCCCCCAUAAUGCCGCAUUUCUUCCUGUUCUGUUUGCACACAGGAAACCAUUUGACUCUAAAUAUGUGGAUGUGUGCGGUGAAUGAGGUUGAGACAGGACAAUAAAUCUACUUCUCAGUCACACAAAUGUAUGUACACACACCUACACAAACACUUACAGAGGCCUUAAUUGUCAAAGCAAAAAAAAAAAAAAAAAAGACAUUGAAUGUCCUAUGAACUGUCCAGAGCUUCACAAAGUGUUCUCUUAAAGAGGCUUCGUGCCUGAUGUCCUGCCGAGUGCCCGUCGGCCUGUAUGUACCUGAUGUCCUGCCGAGUGCCCGUCGGCCUGUAUGUACCAUGUAGAUAAGAAGAGGAAAAGAGUUUAUUUUGGACACGAGCUGAUUGAAAAGAGUCUGCAAUCCUAUUUGUACAUGUCAAUGCUGAUGUGGGGUUUUGUAACAAACCACUGCUUGUCUGAUUUCUCCAAUGAAGGGGUGUAAUUCUGAUGGGGGGGGGGGGCUCAUCAGCUAUUUUAGUGCCUUUACUCCAGCUUGUCUUACCGGGGGGGGGGGGGGGGGGGGGUAUGGCUACCGAAAGCCUUACGACCUUUGACCUUCUGGAUUUUUCUCUGUUCUCUCUCUCUCUAUAUCUUUUUCUUUUCUCUCCUGAAAUACAAAAGGGUUAUACGUAUAUAGAUGGAUAGAUAUAUCUUACUCUCUUGUUCUACAUUCUUUGGUUCGCAGGUUUCUACUUCUGACUGGUUUUCUUUCUGAAUUGACAACACACUCCACACACUCCAACUGCUUGCCAUAGUCUUCUCUCUUUCUCUCCAUCUCUCUCCAAGUCUCAAUUCUGUCUGUCUCUCCACAUCCCCCCUCUCUCCCGUUCUCUCUCUAUCUCUCUCUCGCCCCAUGUCUCAAGUCCGUCCAAACCUCUUUCUCUUUCUCUCUCCAUCCAUAUCUCCCUUUCGUUCUUUCUCUCUCUCUCUCUCUCUCCCUCCUCUCUACAGUAAUGCUGUACUGGUUGUCUUUCUCUCUCUUUCCAUCCGUAUCUCCCUUUCACCCCCCACCCCCCUUACAGUAAUGCUGUACUGGUUGUUUGGUCCUCCUGCCUGCAGGGGGCGUCCUCGUCCACUCCACCACUGACUCCUCACAACCAGACACUGGAACGCUGUUGUACAAUAUGUAUAUUUAUUUUGUAUGGAUUUCAAACACUGGAAAUGACAUGAUUGUGACUGUAAAAUUAAAAAACACUUUUGAGUUUUUAAA